ACUAAACCAGAACUGAGUUUGAGGAAGAAAAAUAAAAACGUAUUACUAUUUGCGAAGGUCUUAAUUGAGGUAAUAUAUUGACGAUAUACCAGAGAUUCAUUGUAUAAAACGAAUAUAGUCGACCUUGCAAUGUAUCUAUGAACAGGUUGUAUUGUUAAUUUGUUAGUGAACAUAUUAUAAAUCAUUGAACAGUGUAAAUAUAAAAUCUGAAGGAUACUUUUAGAUUAACUAUGGACUGGAGGACGGUUUUAAUGACGCUGGCGUUACUGUACCAUGUUGAUGGCUUCUCAAAAUAUGGUAGAACAUGCAGAGACAUCGGAUGUCUCAAUAGCGAAGUUUGCGUGUUAGCUGAAGACCCGUGCUCUUUCGGACACUCUUCAAACUGCGGAACAUAUCCUACAUGCAAGAAAAAGUCUCAAGUCGAAGGAACUCAUUCGGAACCGGCGCAACCCAAACCUAAACCGCCACAAACACCGACAAGAGACUUUGACUCAGUGCCCAACUACCCAGCACCCGCACCGCCUCCGUCUAACAACGGGCACGGUGGUAACUCACCAUACGGUGGCAACUCGCCUUAUGGCGGUAGCUCACCAUACGGCGGUAGCUCUUCGAACGGUGGUGGCUCGCCGUACGGCGGUAGCUCUUCGAACGGUGGUGGCUCACCUUACGGCGGUGGCUCACCGUUCGGUGGCAACUCACCAUAUGGUGGCGGUUCAUCUGGUGGAGGCGGCUCGCCGUACGGUGGUCACAAUAACCCAAGCUCCCACUUCGGUGGGGGUUCUUCUUACGGGGAUCGAUCCCCAUACGGCGGUAGCUCUCCAUACGGCGGCUCUUCGAAUACCGGAGGCAAUUCCCCAUACGGCGGGUCCAGCAGCGGCUCCCUUGGCGGUUUCGGAUCGAAUGGCAAAAGUCCCAUUGAUAGCAUAUUGAACACAAUCAACAAGUUCGCAAACGGACAAGGCGGAGCAGGUGGUACCGGAGGUCAAGGUUCCAUAGGAAACAUCUUGGGAAAUAUUCUAGGUAAUUUUUCUAAAAACGGAGGACUGAGCAGCGUUUUCAACACGAGGCCCAUUAUGGAGAAUCCAAACUACUCAUCGUAUAGUUCAAAUUCGAGGAGUUCUAAUGCCCAAACUUAUCCAUCAGGAAACCAGCCCGGUUAUCAGGCGCCCAACCAAAAUAAGAAUUACGGACAAAACUAUGCCCACCGCAGUGGAGCCACAACAAACAAACCAGUGUCUUAUGGCUGGAACAUCGGUGUGGCAAUGACGUUGACGUACCUGGUACACCUUUACAUCAAGAAUGUGAUAUAAAAUAAUCUCUAAUUAAUUAUUGAUAAAAACUCCACUAAUUAUGUAUGAAUAAGGUGCUUUAACUCCACUAAUUAUUAUUGUUGUUUGAAAUAUUUUUUUAUAAAUCAUAAUAUAGUAAGUAUGUAUGUUA